GCGCAGUAUCAGAAGCUGGCGUUUCUUGGAAAUGACCACACUUGUUGGGGAGAAGUUCACUUUCUACGGUUCCUAUAUCCUUCGGACACAUAUUGGCUUUUAGUGAUGUUUUAAAUUUCAAUAUCCGAGUCGGUCAACAACGGCUCUCUUCCAUCGAGGACCAUGCAUUGCUCUUCUCUUGGAGAUUUUUCCCUUGUGAUCUGCGUGCCAUGGUUCAUCAUAGAGUUCGCCUCGGCAGAACUGUGGUUUUCCACUGAUGCCAAAUUCGAAGACAAAGUUGUGCUGCCUGCCAGUCUGUCAGAUGGACUCAAUCACACUUCCUUCUCGAUCUCAAACUUUCCUGUUACUCUGUGCUACAAUGGCUCGCUUUCCGAAUUCACAUCUCAUGAAAGUGGCCCCAUUGCCGGCGUGGACACUAACUCAAAAGCACUGGUGCUAAGCGAAGCCGAUUGUUCCAAACUGGACUUCCAACUGUACCGUAGUCUACCAAAUGCUAGCGAUCUCUUCAUCACCGAGCGCACCGGUGCUGGUAGGAAUGCGAAUGUGUCGGCGCAGUUACAACUAGACGCCGAAAACGACUCGUUUCGGAUCAGCCGUGUGGAAUUAUCGUUGAAUUUAAUUCCUGACCGCUUGCGCACUUGGCUCAGCACUGGCCAGCGCAUACAUGUGCGUUUCUUUCCCAAUUCCUCCAUUCACGAGACCUUGCACACUCCAUCACCUUCCAUUCAGGCAACUUUAGAGAGUGCGGCUACCAAUGCGAGACACGUGGCCACUGUGAUGUUCUACGUUCUACUCACUUGUCUGCUCCUGUUCGUUCUGACAAGCACUCUCGGGCUGCUUGGCUACGUCGGCCAGCGUAUUCAUCGGGCGCACCGAAUGCGACGAUCUUCCCACCGCCUGAAGGUUGCCACGCGGAAGGCUUUGAAGAAACUUACUUUGCGUACUUUGCUUCCAACCGACAAAGAGGUGAUCAGUGGCUGUGACCAGUGUGCCAUAUGCAUUGAACUCUAUCGCGCAUCCGAUGUGGUUCGUAUCCUACCCUGUCGGCAUGUUUAUCACAAAAGGUGCAUCGACCCAUGGUUGUUGGAACAAUACAGUUGUCCUUUGUGCAAGCUUGAUAUCCUCAAGUCAUGUGGCGUUCCAGUGGAUCGACUGCGUGUGUCAGACAAUUCCGACUCUAUGCGACUGAGCAGCGAGCACAGCUCCUCGGCGUCAUCUGCCACCGAUCGCUUUGGUCAUCCGGCUAGCGGUGGUCCCGUCUCUUGGACUCGAUGGGGACAUCGGUCCAUACGGAUGGCGUCAUACCAGAUGCAGUCAGUCCACCGCUGUGCUCACCACUGCGAUCACCCGCACCCUAGGCUGUGCACAGCAGGCUGUGCUCAUUCAAUCGACGACCAUCGCUUUGGAUACUCGGUAUCAAAUGCCGUGUUCGAUUCGAAACAACAAGAAGAGAGUCUUAUCACCGAUUCCGCUCGACCGUCGUUAUUCUCGCCCGGGCGGUGGACAUCUUUGUCUCACAUUUUAUGGCUAUGUCGCUUCUGCUUCUUCAUCCGAAAGUCGGAACACCACCUUCCAGUAUGCCCUGAUUGUUGUGACUCUUCUUGUGCUUCCUCUUGUUCCUUUGCACGAAACUACGACAUCUCAUCCGAUGAUCGACUGUGCGGUCGACACGCUUCCUUGCUCGGUGUCUCCUUGCUACCAAACAUACUUCAAUUGGCCCAGUGGCGCUCGUACGAGUCACAUCGCAAGGCACUGGAACACCACAUGACCGAUGUGGAAUCUUGCCGUCGUUCCUCUGCAUGCAUGGGUUUUGUGCCCAACCGUUCAACGCCAAAGCGUCAGUUUCCUUCGCGUCCAACCCAAUGCAAUCUUCGCCUAUUGUGCUUACAAUUCGCGCCCUGCUGUAAAACAAGGGCCCCAACUCGAAUGCAAUUCGGUGCCCGUCCGAUUUCCUCUAUGCCCGCCGAGCAGAAUUCGUGCACCUCUGAAGCAGCCGCCCCACUGUCAGACGCCAGGUCACCUGGCCAACACGAGGCAAAAGUUACGGUUCACUGGUCCAAAAUGGACGGAUGUGUGUUGGAUGUGGGCGGGGUUGGCCUUCAACAAACUCCAGACGUGACAACAGAUUGCAGGCACACUGCACCGUCUUUCCGUUCACAAGCGUCGCUUUCGACCCAGCUAGAGCACUGUUGCAAACGUUUGUACAUUUCUAACGAGCGUCUACCAGCCCUCUCGCCUGUGUUGACCAUCCACAACACCAGCCCAACAUCUUCUACCGAUGGAAGCAGCGAACCCAGUCUGGUCGUGUUGCAUCACGUACAACACUCCCCUUUCGGCACAGGGUCGCACGUUACUCAGCGUGCAAAAUCACAGCGAUCGUUGGCAACAGUUUCGCCCACCGGGAAACGACAAUUGGGCUCGCAUUCCUUCACUGCCCGACGGACAGUGUCAAGAUUCCAAUCCAAACGAAUGCGAUUGAAAUCUCAUCCUUAUUUCAUUCGAGGUCGUACAUAUAUUUCCGGUUGUCCCAGCAAUCGCCACAAACGGAAGUCCAAUGCACCAGGAACCCAGUCGACGGCUCCUAUGGUCUCCUCGAAAUUCGAAGUAAUCCGCGGUCUCAUGUGCUUCCCGCAUCUUUCCUGGAGCAGUCGCAGCAAGCCACCUGGAACGGAACCGUGCCCUUCCAUUAGCCUUACCGUCGAUGUGGAUGCGCCGCCCUCCUAUCAGGAAGCAACGCGAGACAAACACGCAUCGGUCACGGACUCCGUACCGUCCGAAUUGCUCGUAUCCGACUCGAACAAAAUGGGGCAACUGCCGCGUGAAACUGCGGUCCCGUACAGUCCGCUAUGUCCAAUGUGCCGCUCCGAACGCGCAGUCAAACUUCUCAAACCUACCUCGUGCUCACCAGCUCGUUUAUGCAAGCCAGUCUGUGAAUCUUCCCAUGACACACGUUUUUUAAACGCUUGGACCACUGGAAUGGAGAAUGAGAAACUAUUAUCUUACCAUCCAAAUCGUGCAGCGCGGCGGUUCUCUUCGCCAACCGACUCCACACCCACACCUCAGUCUUUCGAUCCGCAAUCGCAUACUCCCCGCUCGAUGCACACGGGGUUUUUUCCAUCUCUGCAAAUUGACGCCUCGGCAGUGGACCAUAUGGGGCAACCUCAACUGUGCGGAAUCCGGGUAACGGUCGAACCACCUGAGGUCCAAUAUCAUCGCGGUCCAUCGAAUUCAGACUCCAGUGCUGAAUAAUCCCCCACUGAAUGCUCGGAUCCGAACCCAUCACUCACGGAUGACAAUCCCCAUGGUUAUGCAAGCAAUCGAUCGCCUGUUUGAAGGCAUCUUCAUCAAUUGGCCACUACUAAUGAACGUGCUACCUAGCAACUUCGUAAACGGUGUCAUUUCUCUCUCUCCCGAAGCGAGAUUACUGAUGCAUUGUUUUCCAUCAUUGCGUUGAUAGCAGGCACAGCGCAUUCACUCUCCAUCAGCACACGCACACACACACAUCCACCAGCCUUCUGUUUGCGUGCAUCAGUUCUUCGAUAUCCACUCUUCUCAACUCGUUCAUCUAGUCUAUCGCCCAUUUGUUUGUUUUCUUUCUUUUUCCCACGUUUAUGUCCCUAUUCCUACUUGUCUUUACUACUCAUAUUGCAAAUCCAAUCGGAAUGAACGUAUGAUAUAGGACAUUUACUGAGUGUAUCAUGUAUAUUAUCACCCUAGUGAUACAUCGCUCCCUGUUUAUUCUUC